GUGUACUAGCCGCCAUUUUGUUAACUGCAGUCAGUGGGUUGCAGUAUUACAAAGGAACAGUUUACUAGCGGUGUGAAGAAAUAUAGGUUUUACGUAAAGGUGUCAAGGACGUAAACAUGAUUUCCGCAGCACAGUUACUCGACGAAUUAAUGGGCCGAGACAGAAACUUGGCGCCCGACGAAAAACGGAGUAACGUUCACUGGGAUCACGAAAGUGUCUGCAAAUAUUAUCUGUGUGGAUUUUGUCCUGCGGAAUUAUUUACAAAUACACGUUCUGAUUUAGGUCCAUGUGAAAAAAUUCAUGAUGAGAACCUGAGAAAACAAUAUGAGAAAAGCUCACGUUACAUGAAGGAGGGCUAUGAACGAGACUUCCUACGGUACCUGCAGAGCUUGUUGGCUGAGGUGGAGCGUAGAAUCCGCAGGGGUCAUGCAAGGCUUGCACUGUCACAGGCCCAGCAGAACUCAGGGGCUCCAGGGCCAUCAGGAAAGAAUGAGGAGAAAAUCCAAGUUCUGACUGAAAAAAUAGAGGAGCUUGUUGUUCAGAUCGAGGAGCUCGGCUCUGAGGGGAAAGUAGAAGAGGCCCAGGGAAUGAUGAAGCUUGUCGAGCAGCUUAAAGAUGAGAGAGAGCUACUUAGCUCCACCACUUCGACAAUUGAGAACUUUGCAGCUCAGGAGAAGCAGAUGGAGGUCUGCGAGGUGUGUGGGGCUUUCUUGAUUGUGGGAGAUGCCCAAAGUAGAGUGGAUGAUCACCUGAUGGGAAAGCAGCAUAUGGGAUAUGCCAAAAUCAAGACUACUGUGGAGGAGUUGAAAGAGAAACUGCACCGGCGUCCAGAAGACUCUGAGAGAGAAGAGAGGGGGCGAAGGGAGAGAGAGGAGCGCGAGCGUGAGAGAGAGGAGAGGGAGAAAAGACGACGGAAGGAGGAAGAAGAGAGGGAACGGGAAAGAGAACGGGAACGAGAGCGGGAGAGAGAGAAGGAAAGAGAGAGAGAAAGAGAGAAAGAACGGGAAAGAGAACGGGACCGGGACAGGCAUAGCAGACACAGCCAUUCCCACAGUCGGCAUUCCAGCAGAACAUCAGACCGAAGGAGGAGCCGGUCUAGAGAGCACAAGAGGUCCAGGAGCAAGGACCGGGACAGAAGGCGCAGCAGGAGCCGGGAUAGGGACAGGCGCCGUAGCCGGGACCGUUCCGACAAGAAGCAUCGCUCACGCAGUCGGGAGAGGCGGCGGUCCCGCAGCACGGAGCGGAAGUCGCACAAGCACAGGAGUCACAGCAAAGAACGGGAGAGGAGCUCCAGGGACAAAGAUCGUAAGGAUGGGGACGAGAAAAGCGGCAAGAAACGAAGCGGCGAGGAAAAGGCCAGUGAACCAGCCAAGGCUGAGCCAAUGGAAGUGGAGGCUCCCAAGGCCGAGCUGAACGGCACCCUUGAAGACGUACAUUCUGAAGGUGACACUCAGUCCAAUUAAAACUGAUCUGAUAGGACCUCAGAUCAGGCCCAGUGCAGCGUAAGUAUGCAUGGAAGAAGAUGGCGCUAGACAGAUGAAUAAGAAGACAGUAGAAACAAACACAAACCCAGAGGAAAAACCCAGUGUAGUUCUGCAAAACAUGCUGGAGGUACUUCGUUUUGUAUUAGCUAUAUAUAUAACAUAUAUUCGUGUAAGUUACUUGAAACCAAACUACAUUACAAAAUUUAAAUCAUUCAAGUUGUGCCUCUUGUACUGAAGGUGAAAUUCAUGUUGGAGCACAGCACUUCUCCCUCCCACUUUGUUUCCAUUUUAUAUAUAGUUCAUAAACCAUUUACAUCUUACACUAACGUUUUUUAGGUUUCAUUGAACUUUUUUCACUUCUCGAUGUUUGAGGCACAAGGGGCUCCUUUUUGUUUUGUUUGUGAAUGCCAGUCAAUCUUUUUCCAGUUACAAGGUUGUUUGCCGUUUUCUGCUUCAUUGCCUUGCAUCCUAAUGCAGCUUUUUCUGAGAGUUGAGAUCCAAUAGCAUUGGGAUGGUGGAAGUGUAGGGUUAAUGAAUUAUUCCAGCUGACUUCCAUACCUCACACAGCGUUGGUGUUGUGAGCGACCCAUGAAAAGCCAAAUUAAAAAUCAAGGAUACUGUCAAACUGUGCAGGUACUCAUCCCAGGUACUCCUUUCUCUACCCACAUCAAUGUUUUGAAUGCUGUUGUCUGUAAACCUUUUAAGAGCUUGCUGUUGUGUAUAUUGUUUGAUAGACUUGUUUAAUUUUCUUUUCUGUGUACUUACGCGAUUUAGGUCAAGUUCAAAGUGGUUUGGCUGUACAUUUCAAUAUAUUAAGGCAAUGCAUUUAGUUCAUUACACCCCUAAUUUAUCAGAGUCCAAGGAACAGUGGCUUAAAUGACUUAAGCCAAAGUGCUUUGCACUUUACGUGAAUUGCUGUUUUUGUAAAUGUUUCUGUAGAACAUUAAAGCCACAUUUUGGUUCAAAUAAACUGAGAACCUCUUCAUAUCAUUUCACACCUUAAUUUAGAAUGUAAGUUACUGUAGAAAAAGUCAUCUGGAAACAUUUUGCUCCAAGCUGUUGUGCCCUUGGAGAAAUCCAGAACAGCAUUAAAAAGGCUGUUAUGUCCCUUAUUUUUUUUAGUAGCUGAAGUAGAGGUGAAGUGUUGAAAUAGUUAACUAUCAUUGUAAAUGGGACCAGGGAACCUCUUUUUGGUUCAUGCAAGGAUAUAGAUGCAUAAAGUUAGUGAAUGGUGUGAACGGGGCCAGGGUCAUGUAGAAGAAUGCUGUAUCAGCCUUGAUGAGCAUCGUGAUGAAGAACAGCGAUAUUCUAACUGGGUGUUUUCUGAACAUUUGUACACAUCAGGGGAUGUCUGAGAGGAAGAUGGAAGAUGCCUGUCCUGAACCUGCAAUUCUGCUGCUUAAAAACAAGGUGAACCAGAGCUGUAAUGACCUAGAAAAAAUCAAGAAAUGACUAAUGUAAAAUAGAUAUUACUUUAGCCCGUUUUACAAAGGGCUAUUUUUUUUUUUCCAUAAUACCAGAGUCACCAUUACACAGUAAAUCUUUUCAGGUCUGUCAACCAAACUAGUUGUAUUUUUAACUUCAGGUUAUACUUUCUUGGCAUAUCAGUUUGAAGCAAUUGUUGUGUUCUGAUCUGAAACAAAUGUUUUCCUAAAUUUCACAUUAAUUUCUCCCCCCCCUUUGUGUAAAGUGUAUUGAAAGAUUUGAUAUCACGUCUAGCUUUAAUGAGUUCAUUUUUAAUUUUUUGUUCUGAUAAAGGAACCUGUAUAUUUUUGUGUCAUGAAUUAAAAAGCAUAAAAUGCA